CCCAUGACAACCAGCGCUUCCUCUGCUAACUGCUUCCGACGUGGUGACUGUCGGCUUUUGUGAACAGUUUGUUACGCUUGGAAGCAGUUUGCCUCUUUUCUUUUGACCUUUGCUAAAGUAGCAAAAUGAAACCGAGGAAACAAAACGUGCUGCUGCUGUGGAUGUUGGUCUGCUCCGACAUGACGCUGGCAAUUGAACCCAUUAGUACCACCAUAGCGGUUGGCAUGGCUGCGGCUCUCACUGGAUUUUUAGCUAGCUACCAGAACAUUUUCUACUACUUUCACGAGUGCUGUCGACCGGAGUGGAUUGAUUUCAACAGAACAGGGCUCAAGAAUGACUUGGAAAACAAACUGUUUGGACAGCAUAUUGCAUCACGCAUCAUUUUAAAAGCUGUGAAUGGAUUCAUGAGCAACAACAACCCAAAGAAGCCCCUGGUACUCUCUCUGCACGGAUGGACCGGCACAGGAAAGAACUUUGUUAGUCAGCUUAUAGCUGAGAACAUUUACAAGAAGGGCAUGGACAGCUCAUUUAUUCAUGUGUUCACAUCCAUACUUCAUUUCCCUCAUCCCAGCAAAAUAUCUGUCUACAAGUCUCAGUUACAGCAGUGGAUCAAAGGCAACGUUACCAACUGUGAACGCUCCAUGUUCAUCUUUGAUGAGAUGGACAAGAUGCACCCUGGCCUGAUUGACAGUAUUAAGCCAUACCUGGACUACUAUGACAAGCUGGAUGGAGUUUCUUAUCGGAAAUCUAUCUUUGUUUUCCUCAGUAAUGCUGGAGGGGACAGCAUUGUACAAACGGCUCUAGAUUUCUGGAGAGCAGGACGAAAUCGAGAAGAGAUCGAGCUGAAAGACCUGGAAACCUCACUCUCACUAUCGGUUUUUAACAACAAAAAUAGCGGCUUUUUUCACACAAGUUUGAUCGACAGGAAUUUGAUCGACUUCUUUGUCCCGUUCCUUCCUCUGGAGUACCAGCAUGUUGUCCAAUGCGCCAUGGGUGCGAUGAAAGCCAGGAAGAUCAAGCCAAACACAGAUGUGGCAGACAUGGUGGCUAGAGAUUUAGUCUAUUUCCCCAAAUCUGAGCGAGUGUUCUCCGUCAAAGGCUGCAAGACGAUAGAGAGCAAACUGGACUACUACACGUAAUGUCAGCGUCUGACAGACAUGAUGUUCUGUCACUACGUGCACUUUUUAAAGAGAAAACUCUCACAGCCAAAUGAAUUUAGGACUGCAAGUCAAGCCAGCUGAAGAUGUCUGUGGAAGUUUCUCUGUCAGACCUUUUGUGGCAAUUAAGAUGAUAUCAGGAGGCCUUCUCCUGUGUUGCUUCUCACUUACACUGAAUGAAGAGGCUGAUGAAGAGCUCAGCGCCAGCUGAAUAAAAAAUUAAAACGAUUGAAACGCAAGCCUUUGUAACUGAUUAGGGAGCUUGAUAUCUACUUUUGUAUCAACAAGGAUCUUGAGAGUUUUAUUUGAGAACUUCUUAGUGGCGAAGGGUGUCAUUCUGUUAGUGAAUUUCACUGUUGUGCUUUUUUCAGUGCCUACACCACGUGUAUAGACUACUGGGAAAUCCUGCCUUGAUGCUUCAUUUUAUAAUUUUUUUUAACUGUUUUUCAGUAUGUCUGCUGUACAUUUAACUGUUAACAGUCUGAGUUGGGCAUUGUGUGUGAGGGCACUGCAGUGGAGCUGAUGAUGGAAACUUUACUUUUUAAAUACAAAAACUUAAAAUCAACUUUGUAUGAUCCAUUUUCUAUAAUGCUAAAAUCUGAUUUGGUUCUUAGGACACUAAAAUGUGUUUAUUGAUGAGUAAAAUAUUCAAAAUGUUUAUACUGUGAAAUAUCAAGAUAUGACCUUAACUUUUUUACACCAUCACUGGAGCUGCAUUAACUUGGUAUGUUUUUUUUUUUUUUCUUUCAUCCAAAAAAAAAAAACAAAAUUCCCCAAAUUUGUAUUGAUCUAUACAUUUUUACCAUGGGUCUGAAGAAUUGCAUUGAGCAAAUAUUUUUAAACUGUUGUACUUGAUUUGAUUGUCCAGUUUGAUUUUAAAGAAGUUUUCUUUCUCAUUUAAACUAAAUGGUUUCUCUCAAAGCACAGCUUUUGUAUCUGUGAAGGAGUGAAAGUAUUAAGGCCUACACAUUCCUGUGAUGAAAAUCUUGAAAGAAUUGUUCUGUUUUGUUCUCACCAUCUGAUAGUGUGCUGUUGGGUUAUGAAAGCACUUUUAAGAAAACACAUUCAGACAAUUCUAUUAGUCACUUCUGACUGAAAGAUCACUUGUUGGACAGAGCUGACUCUAGCAAGCUUGGCUGUAAACACCAGAGAAGUUGAUCAUAAAUAAAAAAAAAAAAGAAAACUUUUUUUUAUGUUACUGCAAUACUGAAAAAUAACUUUACUCCUUGGAUUUUAAUUUACUCGGAAGGAUUUUUAAGUCAUGUUAAGAAAUGUCUUUUGAAAUUAGCAGCUGAUGACAGCUUGGGCUGAAGUAGGAGUUGUGUAAUGAUCAAAUAGCUUGCAAAACACAUCUGUGCAAAGUACAAGUAGUGUAUGAAAUGGCUGUGACUUCAUAUAGUACUGUAGUGUUGGGCUGCAUGAAGCUGAAAACAGGUUACAGGGGACGAAUUGACUGGCUUUUUGUAAAAGGAGGUUAGGAUACAAUAAAGUCAAAAUAUUUGAAGCAACCUAUAACUUUAAAAAUUCAAGUAGGAUUGUACUUUUUUCAAAUCAUAAAACCACAGUUGAAUUUGUAGGUGCCCUAGUUUAUGUACUAAGGGAGUCAUUAAAGUCUUAAAGUGGUUUAUCAUUAAUUUAACAGGUUUGUUCUCUGCUUGCCCUCGGGUCAGAAACCCGUUUAAUGUCUCUGCAGUUAUUUAACCUGCAGAAAGCAACAGUCAACCACUUUCCCUUUCAGCUGCUUACGCUUGUUAGUAAAGUGAAAGUAAAUGUUUGUCUAAGAGGUCGCUCCCUUUCCAACAUAUCUGGGUCAGAUUACUGUCAUGUGUGGGCAGAUAUUGAAUACAAUUUAAAUUGAAUUUUUUUUUAAUUACCAACAUAAUCCAUCAGAUUACAAAAAAAUGCUGUCUAAUCUGAAUACUUAGAUUUCCUAGCUAUCAUAAACAUUGUACUUGAUAUUAAAAAUAAGAAUGCAACUGCUAAAUAUUCUUUCUUCCUGUUAAAUACCUUUAGCAUCUUUUAUUACAGUUAGUCUGGGGAAGUGAUGCUGCAGACAGAGGUCACUGCUGGGAAUUUUCCACAGUAGGGUUAGUGUUUCAUUUGGGCCUCUUUUCUUAAAGAUGAAUAAAGAAUGAAGCCCUUUGAACAUUUAGAACUGGUCAAAUUAAAUUUCUCCCACAAGCUGACCUAACUGUCAACAGGUCUUAACAAAAUGUACUUAAAUGUAAUAAAAAUAAUCUUUAUCAAUC